AUGCAGUUGAAUCCCUCAAUUAGCUCAUCCAUUUCCUCUGAACGGCCUGUGCAAGUGGAGGCUAUCACCUACAUGGACCGUGAUUUGUUCAAAGCUGCGGCGGAUGGUGACGUGGAACUAUUUAAUAAGUACCAAGGUGGUCUUCAUUGCCUGGUUGACGGAAGCCAAAACACAGUGCUUCAUAUUCACUCCAGAACUGGAGGACGAAAGGUAGUAAAAAAUGUUAAAACGUUUCUGUGUUUUCAGAAAAGGGUAUUUAAAACAGAGUUCAAUAUUAACUUUGUGGAGCAACUUGUCGACAAGUGCCCAUCACUGCUACUGCAACCUAAUGCCAACAGGGAAAUCCCAUUGCACAUUGCAGCAAGACAUGGGCAUUCUGACAUAGUCAAACUCCUUAUUGAACGCGCCAAUGUAGGGCAACAUGAAGACCCGGAGAGAGGGUUGGAAGCAAGCAGGACGAGGCAGAUGGUGAGAAUGAGGGAUAAGGAAGAAAAUACUGCUUUCCAUGAGGCCGCUCGAUAUGGUCACCUUGAUGUGUUGCGACUAUUGGUCAAAGAAGUAGAUCCUGAUUUUGCAUUGUCCGCUAAUACAAGCGGUGAGACUCCACUCUACUUAGCUGCCAAGGGAGGAUAUCACGAUUUGGUUGCUGAGAUAUUAAAUAAUUGCAAAUCAACGGUUUAUGGCGGCCCCAAUGGUAAAACAGCUUUGCAUGCAGCAGUCCGGGCCGGAGAUGAAAGUAAGUGA